CCGUUCGCCAUGGUGAUGGCUCGUGACAAUGCUUUCUCCUUCCCGGCCUCUGGGUGUUCCUUCAGGUUCUUGUGUUCUAAGCCGUGUGAGGGGAAAGGCGUGGGAAGUCUCUGAUCUGACACUAUGGAGGAAGGAAGGGGCGACACCUUCGAGGGUGUAAGCGCAGAGCGCCUUAAACAGCAGUUACUGAAAGAAAUCCACAGGAAGGAUCUAGUGCAACUCUCAGUACUUGAAGUAAGACACAAGAUAGCGGAACUGGAAGCCAAACUCAAUACUGACGAUGAAGGUGGUGAGUGGAAAACUCGAUAUGAGACACAGCUUGAACUGAAUGAUCAACUGCGAAAGCAAAUUGUUUAUCUCAAAGAGAAAAUGGAAAAACUCCGUGGAAACCCUUCAGAUAUACUAUCUUCUAUUCGUGUGUAUGAACAAAUGCCAGUGGAAUCCUUAAAUACGUUACUUAAACAGCUAGAAAAAGAAAAGAGGAGACUUGAAAGUCAAGUAAAAAACUGUGCACUGAGAUUGGAACAAGAGUCAAAGGCUUACCACAAGACCAACAGUGAACGCAGUAUGUACCUAGCUGAAAUGUCCCAGAUUGUAAGAACCAUGACUUGUCUUUGUACCCCAGUGCCGCAUCUAGUGGUGACACAUAGUAGAUGCUCAAUAACAUUUGCUGCGAAAGAAUUUUUGGAGGUCUUAUUCUGUCAUUUCUACUGCCAUUACUGCCUGAGUGAUUUUGAAAGUACACUGCAGGAAAUUGAAGCUGACUCUUACUUUCUCAAGGGAAGAUAUAAUCCAGUUAAUCAGCAGAUAAUGAAUGCCAAGAGAGGACCAGUAAAAAAGAUUACAAGAUCAAACCAUCUUCCAAAACUCAAUUCAUGA